ACCCAUGAUGCAGUUCGGGCCAACAAUCAGCAGCUGCCUUCCUCGGGCGGGCUAUCAUUUGAGGGCAGGAACGCCGCGGCGGUUGGCACCUAUUAAUAAACAUCUACUUUAUGUGGCACCAACAUGAAAAAUGGAGGUGAAAAUCAUGGGGAUAAACGGACACUUAAGAAUGCAACAUACUAUUCUCCGAAGAUUAAAGAGACUCCAAUGAAACCCUCUCAGAUUCCUAACCGCCUCGUAGCGCCACCAAGGAGAAUGUUGCCGCAAUUUAGCCCAGAUUGCCAACGCAUCAGAACGGAUUCCCCUUGCCAGCCUUCCUAUCCUCUUGCAGCAAAAGUUAAUUCAUCUGGGUCACGCAAGGAAGGACAUAAUAAUUUGGCCAAGUGGCAUUCGGGGGACAAACCGGCUCCUCUGCAUUGCUGUCAGUCAAUGGGGUCAACUCAUGUUGCUAACAAACAUGAUGGGUCUCAACACGGCCGUCUGAAUGUUUCCCUUGUUAAAUUACUUCAGCCAGAGAAAGAUUCAAGCAUCCGCGUUACAUCUUUCGACUCUAGGAAAAAUCAUAAAUCCAAGACAAGAAGAAGUAGCACGGAACAUAGACCACCGUCAAACAAGGACCAACAUAUGCAAAUGCCUUCAAGUGAAAAAUCCAUUCCAGUAGAGAGCUCCUCUCAGAAGAGGCACAGGGAGAGCGAGGACAAUGACAUCAGAACCAAGAAGCUUUGUCUUCGGCUUGCCCGACCUAUCCAAAUCCAACCUCCAAAUCCAGUGCUCAAUAGCCCUCAUAAAACAUCACAGGUAUCAGCGUUGCAGCGUCAAUUUCCAGAUGAUAAACCCACGGGUGGCCAAUCAUCAAGUAUGGAUUUGUCAUCUACAUUUAAGCAGUUGCCCUGCGUGUCCCCUUCAGCCAAACCUUUUGUGACAAGACAUUCGCCAUCAGGGGCAAUGCAGCUCCAGAUACAAUUAACAAAUGACAUUGUACACUUACAACCCUUUUCACAGCCAAAUGUAGAAACAGUGCCUAAAAGAAGAGAAGAGUAUGACAAAAGGCGAAGAUCAAGCACUGAUGUUCCCCAAAAGCCCACUACCAACUCCCUUCAUCCCCAUUUAAGCAGCCCCUCAUCUCAACAUAGACAUCAGAGUUCUUCUUUAGUCCAGACUCGCAGCACAUUAUCGCAGACGGAGGAGCCCAAAAAGCCUCUCGAUGUUACUCAUAAAUCAAAGGUAAACGGGGCGUCUUUGAGCGUUCCGGCAAUACAAAGGAAAAAACCCCUUCGCCGAAAAACUAUCGCUGUUUCUGAAGGUAUAAGUGACCUGUUCACCCCCGAUGCCAUUCUCAGCCCUGUGCACAAGCCCAAGUUUGAUUUAAUGUCAGCCACCACAGAAAAAGGACACGACUCCAGUGUCCAUAGCUCUGCAAAGUCUUCUCUUAAGGAGAAAGACUCAGAACUAACUUGUUCUGCAAACAUCUGCAUGUCAUCAGCAAACCCCUCCCACUCUUCUAUGUCUUUUUUGUCAUUACCAAAGAUGCAAGUAGAAAACAUAGUGUGCAUUUCUCCUAAAGAAUCUAAACCCGACUGUUCUGUCCCCUUAAAAGGGUGUCAUUCACAAACACACAAAUUGGAAGAGAAAAACAAAUCUGUCCCAAACAGCAAGACCAUUCAUGGGGAUCACAAGCAACCUUCAAGUUGUUCCCAGUCUCCAAUCAAGAGGCUGCCAAGUGGACUUUACAGACAAAAGCCGAAUAAAGCUGUGGAUCCUUUAGAUGAGGACCUAGACUUUGGUCUGGGAUUAACUUUAGAUUUGGAUUCAAGCCAGACCUCCGACAGCAGCGACGAUCAACUGAUCUCCUUGCAGGAGAUCAUGAACCACAUUCCCAAGCUUCCGAAUACACCAGAAAAGUCUACCUUUUCAGAGCCCAGCACACCAAGAUGUACCGGCAGUCCGUUAAAAGUUCAGCAGCCAAUCACCGGAAUAAGAAGCAGCUCCUACAGAAACAGCCUUGACCAGAUGCUGAAAGAAAUCCGCACCCACAAAAAGGCAAAAGAGAACGAGGCACAGCUUCGUACUGCGUGUGAUGAAGAGCUGUUGCGAAUAGUGGAAAAUGAGGAUGAAGACAGCCAUGAGGAGGGCAUCUCUAGUGAAGAACAGAAAUUAUUGCAGCGCUUCUCAUUGACCUCCUGUGCAUUCAGGGAGGUGCCCCCGGGCGAGGUCGUGUUUGACCUGGAGAAAUUUGGGCAGCUUUUCAGUCAGGAUUCGCUUCAGCUUAGAGAAUGCAUGGUCAAACCACAAAGUGCAGCACAGAAAACACUCCUUUGGUCCAGCCCAGCUCAGAUGAGACUGCAUCUGAAUAUAGGAUUAUUCCAAGAAGCUUAUGGUUAUAACUCACCAUGCCCACCUCAAGUUACUAAAUUCCUAUUCAAGAUGAUGUCUGUGCAUUCUGAGGGGAUGGUAUCUGACAAGAUGCUACAGGCCCUCUGUGACAUUGCAAGCUCGGCUGCAUAUAACAAAGUGAAAAACGGAAGCCAGCUCUUUAAUGUGUGGGUGCCUGCUUUGGCUGAUGUAACGCUGGUCCUGCUAAACAUGGGAGUUGCGUUUUUGAAAUUGUUCCCAUUGGAAAAUCUUCAGCCAACAUUUACAGAGGGAGAUUUGUUGGAGGAUGUUUAUAUUCAAAGUGAUGAUCCCUCCAGCCGUAGAGAUGGGAACACCUUUCCUGAACUCAACUGUAAUAACAUCUUUAAGUACCUGUCCUACUGCAUGAGCAUGUGUCCUCAGGCGCACAGUGAUUUUGAGCUGCUCUUGCUGAUGACCAUGGUGGCUCGAGUGAGUCUGGAUACUCACUUCAUCUCCCUGCCGAGUGUGGAAAGUUACACUGUGCUGUUUAAAAUAGUCAACAACAUCAGGGACUGGAAUGCAAUGCUGCCCAGAAUCUGCCAGGCCUUCACUGACCUGACAGACGACCACCACAACAUGUGCCUUCUUGUUCAGUUGCUACCUGACAGCACCCGCGGAAGUAGAUGCCUGCGACAGCAUCUAAGCCUCGCAAUGAUUUCAAAAGUCUUAGAUGGAUCUUGUCAGUACCAACCUACAAGAGCAGAAGAAAUUCAGCUCUCUGAUCUCAGGCCCUAUGUGCCCCUUAUGAAACCCUCAUCCCUCCUUCGCAACAUCUUGAACGCCUCCAACAGUAGUCCUAAAAAAGAUGGCUGGUCUUCUCUGGAUCAGCAAGCCUACUACCUCUGCUACAGCCUGCUGACAUUGACAAAUGAAGCCUCCAAUUUUCACAUCUUCCCAGCUCAUCAGAAGGAACAGCUGCUGAGGAUCUGCUUUGAACUCGAAAAACAUGUCAAGUGUGAUAUCCGAGAGAGUGUGAAAUGUCUAUACAGGAGCAAGGUGAAGGACCUGCUGACCAGGAUCUACACCAAGUGCAGAUGCUCCUCCAGCAAUCCAAACCUCUCAAUUGUCAGCUUUACGACUAUUGGAAGCCCUUGCCAGUGGAAAUGUUGACAUGCGAUAAGGAGGACAUGGACCGCAGUGGCCGAGAACAAAAGAGUCGAGGUGAUUCUGCUGAUGAGGAAGAUCACGAGACACCGCAACAAAGCACUACAACAACCAGCUGAGAGUUUAGAUCAAUGGACGCUCAGGCGACACAGCAAAUCAUCACAACACACACUCAAGGGAAGAAAAAGCUGUCACCAAAACUUAAAACUGUGCUUUUACCUGCAUUUUUGCAGCAGGUCUUUAAAUUGUUGAUCUUUGACUGCUUUUUACAUCUAUUUUUUCUUCUGAUUGUGUUUGAGGGUUUAAACAACAUCCCAUCUGCUCCUUAAAUUCUUCACCGAUGACGUUUUUUUUUUUUUUUACGGACAAUUUUUAGGUUUUUGCACCAACAUAUGCUUCUCUUGAAGAUCACCCUUUUACUGUUUACAUGUCGAUGAUCCUGUAUUGAAUACAGUAUUUGACAAAAAAAGUGUUUAUUUGUAUGGUGUUUGUUAAAUGUUUUACACCUCAGGCUUGAAGUUUUUUAAUACUGUAAUUGCACACUUGUUUCUAUAGGAAACGCUUGCACGUUAUUCUUGGAGGUGUUUUGAUUGUAAAUAUGUUUUUGCUGUGUUUUGGCGUUUGUCAACCGUUUUGAAAGUUUGUGUUUAAUGUAAGAUACUUGUAAAAAUGUAAAUGCAUGUUUUUUUUAUAUAUUUGUUGGAAUAAAGAAGUACUGUGUUGUUUUGCA